UUCGUUCGUGAUGUCAGGAAGAAGAAGAGGGACAACCAAGUCGUUCUUUGCUCUUCAGUCUCCUAGAGGCUUGUGUUUAAAAAAAAACAACUUUCAUUUAUCUUUUUGGAUCAGCUUUGAAUUCUACUUUCCGGCUACAGCUGGAGUCAUUACAUCAUCAUGUCUGCCUUUAAACUAUCAACUCUUCCUCUGUUGUUCCUAUAUGGAACAGCAGCAGCCUCUCCGUUCGUCCCCGAGGUUAACCUGUAUCCACGAGCAGCAUGCUCGGGAAAUACGGCCACGACCAGAAGCCAGUGGUGCGACUACUCUAUCGACACCGACUACAUGACUGAAGUCGUAGAUACUGGAGUGACGAAGGAGUAUUGGCUCGAGCUGACAGACGUUACCGUCGCCCCUGAUGGAGUCUCUCGAACAGCCAUGGCUGUGAACGGCUCAAUCCCAGGACCAACUCUUUUCGCUGACUGGGGUGAUACCGUAAUUGUACAUGUUAAGAACUCCCUUACCACUUCCAACAACGGUACAUCUAUCCACUGGCACGGUAUCCGUCAGAACUAUACCAACGAGAACGAUGGUGUGGUGUCUAUUACUCAGUGCCCUGCAGCCCCUGGAGAGACGACAACUUAUACCUGGAAGGCGAUCCAGUACGGAUCUACUUGGUACCACUCUCAUUUUGCCCUUCAAGCCUGGGAGGGUGUUGCUGGCGGUAUCAUCAUCAACGGCCCGGCCACUGCCAACUAUGAUGAAGAUCUUGGAAUGGUAUUCUUGUCCGACUGGGAUCACUCUACAGUAGAUGAACUUUGGGUUAGUGCCGAGACAAAUGGCCCCCCUACUCUAGACACUGGUCUCAUCAACGGCACCAACGUCUACAAUGACACCGGAUCGAGGCUCAACGUUUCCUUCACCUCUGGAACUUCUUACCGCAUGAGACUUGUCAACGGCGCUGUUGAUACCCACUUCAAGUUCUCUAUCGACAACCACACCAUGCAAGUUAUCGCAACCGAUCUCAUUCCGAUCCAGCCAUACAACACGACCGUCCUUAACAUUGGCAUGGGACAACGUUACGACAUUAUUGUCACCGCUAACCAAGCCUCGGUUGCAGACAAUUUCUGGAUGCGAGCCAUUCCCCAGUCCGCUUGCUCUGAGAACGACAACUCGGAUAACAUUCGUGGUAUCGUCACAUACGCCGAUACCGUUGGAACGCCCACAACUACAGGCUACAACUACACUGAUUCUUGUGACGACGAAACUUCUAACCUUGUCCCGUACAUUUCCAAGACGGUGGGAUCCUCGAGCACCUCCACUAGCGAGGACGCUGGUAUCGCCAUUAGCAACGGCGUCUUCAAAUGGACUCUAAACAGCACGUCUAUGCUGGUCAACUGGACCGACCCCACCCUUGCGCAAGUUUUGGAUGAAGUGACUGAAUUCGAGACCGACGACUCCGUAAUCCAACUCUCGGAAGCAAAUGUAUGGUUCUACUUGGCCAUCACCACUGAUCUUGCAGUCACCCACCCGAUCCAUCUUCACGGACAUGACUUCUACGUCCUUGCGCAAGACACCGGCACCUACUCCAGCAAUGUAACCCUGAACCUAGACAACCCACCUCGCCGAGACACUGCUAUGCUGCCCGCUAGCGGAUAUCUUGUUAUUGCCUUCGAGACGGAUAACCCCGGUGUCUGGCUCAUGCACUGCCAUAUCGGCUGGCAUACAAGCGAAGGGUUCGCGUUACAAUUCGUUGAGAGAUAUUCCGAGAUCGCGGGUAUAACCAACGCGACGGCGCUGACCGACCAGUGCUCUACCUGGUCAACAUUCCAAGACUCGGAGGAUAUUGACCAAGACGACUCCGGAAUAUAAAACCGAUGAGUUGAAAGACAGAUGUGUAUAGGAAACUAUACAAUCUAAGAUGUAUUAUUUAAGGCGGAAAGACACAUACCUGCCUACUACUAUCUAGGCAUACACACAUUCGUGUUCAUAGCGAUCCAUUUACUCUCGUUUCUUUUUUUUUCACUCGUUUGCAAUCCUCGGGGGAGACAUAAUAAAAUCUCAAAUGUUCAAAUAUUCUGAUGAACCAAAUUAAACGGUGCUGUUAUGUGAC